GUGCCUUCACUUCCAAAACAACACGCGCGCUGUUCCAAGAUGUCCGCGCCUAUGGAAAUAGUUCUGAGUGCUGAUUCGGGUGGACAGCUAUGGAACUGUGCCGUUUUGGAACUCCAUUCGGGUACAAAUCUCUUGGCCUAUCGAGGCGGCAAUACUUCUUCGAGGUCCCUCACAGUUUUGAAUGGAGAGUACAUCCUCGGAGCCCAACUCGGGAAAAACUUCAUCAACGUGUGGGAAAUCCAGAGAAAGGAUCAGCUGCAGCAGAAAAUUGUGUGCCCUGGGAUUGUGACAUGCCUGACUGCAUCCCCCAAUGGCCUGUACUUGGUGGCAGGCAUUGCUGAGGCCAUCUACUUAUGGGAGGUUUCCUCUGGGAAUUUGCUGGCCAUCUUGAGUCGCCAUUACCAAGACCUGACCUGCCUGCGCUUCACUGACGACAGCAGCCAUUUCAUCUCAGGAGGCAAAGACAACCUGGCACUGGUCUGGAGUCUAGCCAGUGUGGUGCAGCUGGACCCGUCACACACUCCUGAGCCUCGUCAUGUCCUGUCCCGUCACUCUCUCCCCAUCACCGACAUCCACUGUGGCUUGAUGGGACCCCAGGCUCGAGUAGCUACUGCAUCCCUGGACCAGACAGUCAAGCUAUGGGAGCUAUCCUCCGGCGAGAUGCUCCUGUCUGUUCUUUUUGACGUGGGCAUCAUGUCAGUGACCCUUGACCCCUGCGAGUACUACCUCUUCUGCGGCGGCAGUGACGGUGGUAUAUUUCAGGUGUCCCUCUGUAGCCAGAGCUUAAGUCGGGAUAAGACGUUCCAGUCGGACAACGAGGGCAACCAGGUUUUCAAAGGACAUAGGAACCUAGUGACCUGUCUGUCUGUGUCUAUGGACGGCACUCUCCUCCUCUCGGGCUCCCACGACGAGACCAUACGACUGUGGGACAUCCAGAGCAAGCAGAGCAUCCGCAGCAUCAACCACAAAGGUCCAGUAACAAAUGCCCUCAUCAUCCCUGCCCCUGCCAACAUGUUCCUGCCUGACAGCCGCCCGGGCAUCCCCCUGCCCCGCUUCAGCCGCCACCUCAACCCCUCAGAGCACGGCGAGGGCGUGGAGACCGGAGGAGUGUGCCUGCGUCUGGCCCCCCACACACAGGCCCAAAGGGAGACCUAUUUGGAGAAAGCAGACAAACUUUACUCCAUCAUGAGUGCCGUAACAGACAAGAGUGUGUUUGGUGAUGGUGAGAACACCAAGGUGCGUGUGUCGGAGCUGGAGGAGGAAGUGAGAACGCUGAAGAAGGUCAACAAGGACCUGUACGACUUUUCCACACAGCUCCUCACCAAGCCCAUCUAGAGAAGAGCCACUACCCCUGGCCACGGCUCCCCCAUCCCACCAGCAGGGACUCUACUAGGGGGAAGGGAAGACACUGCAAGCCCAUCUCACUGCAGACCGGUAGGCUAGGGAAAUAUAAGUUAGUGUGUGUCAUUCAUAUUGUUUGUUUUGUAAGGGAGAGCGUACAUUCAGCAGGACUUCAGGGGUAAAAGUUGUACCAUGGACCGUAUUGCCUGUGUUAUGAUCCCUCACCAUAUUGUGGAUAAAGGGUUUAAUUUAAAUUGACAUGAAGAAAGCAUGCUUACCUUGUUUGUACGACAUGUUCAAUGUUAGCCACAGUCUACUUGUAGUAGUCUAGUGCAGCCAGACUGAGUGACAUAAUUGAUCUUAGCACUAUAUUGACUUAACAGCAGUCCCUUGACCUCCUCAACUCACAGCCCUGUUCCUUCACACUCAUCACCAAUGCCUAUAAAGCCAAAAAUCCCGUCAGCCAAAAAUCGAUGUAACAGGAUCCAGUUAUUGCCCUCUGACCUUUCGUCCUUUUUGUAAUUUGGCUAAAUGCCUCAGAUUCCUGCGUUACCCACUCCUUCUGUUUUUUAUCUUGGCUAGGACACAUUCUAAAGCAUUCAAUAGAUUAGAUGGAUUUGUGCGACAAGGACAUGUUGUGCACCCAGGUGUGUUCGGCUUAGCAUCGAUGAGGCUGGUGUUAAUUUCAGUCACAAAUUAGGUAUGACCGCCAUGGUUCAUAGGUCCCCUUCACCUUCUCUCAAGCAGAACUGUUUUCCCAUUAGCAAUAUGCACAUAUUCUGUGUUAACCUGUUUGGCUAAAAACAGCUCAAGGCAGGAAUAUCUCAAAGAAAAUGGUGGUGUUAAAAAAAUACAGAAGAGUAGAGGAAUAUGUUUGAGGAACAAGGCUGAAGCCUGUGAGUACAGUUUUUCAGUGCCUGUAGCAAACAUAGAUUUGGUUGUACAGUGCCCAGCAACGCUAUACAACUGCAGAAUCAUUUGUUUUUAGAAUCCUCCAGAAAUCGCUCUUCCUCUCAUCACUGCUAAUUCUCCACCCGGGGCACUAAGUUAGAGGCUUUUUCUCAUUUGCCCGCUUUGAUGAGAUCUGGAAAAGGGGCCUAUAUGUGUGUGCCUCUUCUGUAGAGAAGAGGGAACUGAUAAGUACAACGGCCCUCCUGUGCAGAGAGAGCCAUGGCUUUAGAACAAGGAUGGGCAACUCCCCUUUUGUAGGCCCGUAGAUUUAAAAAAAAAAAUUCAGUCAGCGUCUCAACUUACUGUUGAGUCAGAAUACUAGAAUACAUAAGGUGCAAUUUCAAAAUGUUGUUUUGCAUCAGCAGUUUUCCUAUUGUUAUAUCAGUCACUAACAGUCACGCAAUUAGCCCAUAUCAGCGAUUUUUUUUUAGAUUUGUAAGUUAGUCCAGCCAGCUAUCUAAACUGGUAGUAAUCAUGGUUGAGUUAACUACCGGGGGGGCCCCCAUUGAUUUUGUUAGUCACUCUCACUCAGAUAUCAUAUUAAGAACUGCAAACAUUUGUAUGGCAACGUGUAGAAUUGCAGGAAAUUAGCUGUAAAACUGCAAAUCUUUCUCCGCUCCAUGGCAAAAUGAGUAUAAUUGCAUGAAAUUUGUUAUAAAAUUGAACAAAAUUAUCUACGCCCCAUGGCAAAAUGUGUAGAAUUGCAGGAAAUUAACUCUAGAACAAAAUUCCAAAAGGCUGGGGCUGGUUCUUGACUGCAUGUGUGGGUAUGGAUGUGGGUACACAGACCCGCGAGCCACUGUGGCCCCUCAUGGUGAGUUCAGAUUUUUUGUGUCCCCCACCCCCAUCAAAGUUGCCCAUCCCUGCUUUAGAACUUCUGCCCCUGUUCACAGAGGAGAGCGACUUACACGAAACCAGACAUUGAACCCAAUUAACUCACCGUUGGGGGGGUCAGGCCAGUGAGAUGGAGCUUCUGAGGGUUGAAAGAGUGAAGUGUUCAGUGUGGUGGAUUAAUUGUUUUGUUCCUGUAAUAAAGACAAAAGGACCAACUGGA